CACAGAAGCUCAAUGACUUUUUGGCCUGACGAGCUCAACUCGCAUAAACCCCACUGAGCUAGCUUUCGCCCUAGAAAAGAAAGCCCGGUUUCAUCAUCGGCUUUUUCCCGUCAGAUCGUCUGACCAGCAAAGGACGUGAGCAGGAAUUCGAUUCUGAAGCAUCCAUCGCUCGCUCGCUUUUGUUUUUCUCUCACCAAAAGUCGGAAAAGGAGGCGGACUCCUAACUUCAAGCGCAAGCCCGUAAAAUAUAUUACACGGAUCCGAAAGAAGGAAGCGGACAUGGCGCCAGACGUAACUCCAGACGGAAUCGAGCGCGACUCGGGUUGGGGUCGGGAAUAGUGCGUGCACGGGGAAAAGGACGAGACAAGAAGAGAAGAGAGAAGAAGAGUCCAGAACGCGAAGGAAUUGGUUUUAUAACGAGGAUCCGAGGGACAGAUGGACGACAGGCGGGCGGGCGCUGGCUUGAGCCCGAAGCCGAGACUCGAGGCGCCGCUGGCACGGGACUGUGCCGAGCAGAUCAGAGCUGGGCGGACUCAGCGGACGUAGGCCAGAGGACGGAGAGCGAGGACGGGACGGGACGGGACGGGACGCUUUGGGUUCAGAAGAAGGGGCCGUUCCACGAGAGGAGCAGGACUGCUACUGCCGCGGCUGCUGUGAAGAAUCAUCACCGGUCAGGCCGAGCCGACGUGGCCUCGGUUGGGUUUUGGUUGCGUGGGCAGUGCUCGAGGUGGACCGAGGACAGACGUCCCCAGGACACGACUCCGAGCAAGGCAGGCAGGCAGGCAGGCAGGCUCGCUGCGUUAACGAUUUGGAGUGGAAUGAUGGAUCCAGCGAGUGGAGGCCGAGGACGCUAGGAGUGUUUGUGGCGAGCUCGGGCUUGCUCCUGCUGCUGGUGUCGCUGUCUGCGCCGAUUGUGAAUUGAUCGACGAUCGAUCAAUAGUGAGUGAGCGGCCGAUCGUCUUCUUCUUCUUCUUCUCCUCCUCCUCCUCCUCGAUUUUCGGUGGGCCAGGUCAAUCGCAGAUUUCAUUUUUAAACUAGCCGAAGGGCUCGGGUGGCGGUGGAAUCCGCCUCGCCUGGGUUUGAUUCUGCGCCAGGACUUGCAGGCGAACGGAGGACAGUGAUCCCGAGACCUGAAGAUUGAAGCAAUAAUUUGGUCGGGGUGCUCAUUUGUGGAUUGUCGAGUAGUGCGGGCGGAACAGACGUUCAGAGCAACAGCGAAGGAAAGAAUAGAAAGGAAGGAAAUUGGCCUUCAAGCUAGUAGAUCCAAGGCGUGAACUCCCCCCCCCUGUGAGGGGCGAGAGGGAGAAUUUUGAUCCUUCUUUCUGAAUUGACAAUGGAUUUUAACGAGAUAGAGCAAACGGAGGGCCUUCGAUUGGCCUGGAAUGCCUGGCCCAGCUCUCGCCUCGAGGCGACCCGGCUGGUGGUGCCAUUCGGGGUGAUGUGCACACCUUUGCAUCCAUUGGAGGGUCUACAUCUCUUGCCCUACGAUCCAUUGCUAUGCAAGGGAUGCAGGGCCGUCCUGAACCCCUACUGCAGAGUGGAUUAUCAGGCUAAAAUAUGGGUUUGUCCUUUUUGCUACCAGCGCAACCACUUCCCGGCAAGUUAUCAUGAAAUUAGCGAUCGGAACAUGCCGGCUGAACUUUUCUCUCAAUGCAGUACUGUGGAGUAUGCUGUCACUCAACCGUCCACAACUGGCCUCACUAGCCCUUCUUCAAUCUAUAAUCAAAGUCCAGGCUUAGGUGGUGCUCCGGGCUCUGGCGUUCCUGGCCAAGCUGGAGGACCGGGGUUCUUGUUUGUGCUCGAUACUUGCAUGGGUGCCGAAGAUUUACAGGCGCUAAAAAGUGCCAUUUCCCAGAUACUUGGCCUUAUGCCAGAGACUGCUCUCGUUGGACUGGUCUCAUACGGGAGCAUGGUGCAUGUACAUGAGCUAGGCUACCCCGAUUGUCCUAAAGCUUACGUUUUUCGUGGUGAUAAAGAAAUUUCGAGUCAACAGGUGCAAGAACAAUUAGGUCUAACGGGUAAAACGAAUCAAAAGGGGGUAGCAGUCGGAACUGGAAGAGGAGGACGAGGUCGUUUCAUGCUUCCUCUUUCAGAAUGUGAGUUCACCUUAACGACCGCUUUGGAGGAACUCCAACCAAGCUCCGAUCCUGUACAAGCAGGUCACCGAACACGGAGGGCCACGGGAGCUGCUCUUGCUGUAGCUGUAGGCUUGAUGGAGGGUACCAUGCCGAAUGAAGGAGCUCGAAUUAUGAGUUUUGUUUCUGGCCCAGCAACAGUUGGACCCGGGCAGAUUGUCGAGACAGAUCUUGCGAAGAGCAUCCGCACUCAUCAAGAUCUUGUGAACGACAGAGCACCCCUUUUUAAGAAGGCAUGCAAGUUUUACAGUCAACUAUCUCAACGUCUGGUGGCCAAUUGUCAUGUGCUGGAUAUAUUUGCAUGUUCACUGGAUCAAGUAGGAACAGCUGAAGCCAAAGUUGCCGUUGAAUCCACAGGCGGUUUGAUGGUCUUGGCAGAAACCUUCGACUCCGAUCAAUUUAGAAAAUCUCUUCAAAAGCUGUUUUCGCGGGAUGAAGAUGGUAAUCUGAAGAUGUGUUUCAACGGCUCACUGGAGGUCAUAACCACGAGGGAAAUAAAAGUCUGCGGAGCCAUUGGGCCUUGCGCGACCUUGAAUAAGAAAUCUGUCUCUGUCAGUGAUACGGAACUUGGAAUAGGCGGGACAAGUGCGUGGAAACUGUGUUCAUUGACAAAUAAGACAGCCGUUGCUGUAUACUUCGAGGUGGUAAACCAGCACUCGAAUCCUAUUCCCAAUGGAACUUUUUUCUUCAUUCAGUUUGUCACACAGUAUCAGCACGGAAGUGGGCAAGUACGGUUGAGGGUCACCACGACAGCUCGCAGGUGGGUGGAUUCAGCCCAGAUUCAGGAGCUAGCAGCUGGAUUUGAUCAAGAGGCAGCAGCCGCGCUCAUGGCUCGCCUUGCAGUGUAUAAGACCGAAAAUGAGGAAGUUUUUGAUAUUUUGAGAUGGCUGGAUCGAAUGCUGAUCCGAGUUGCUGCCAAAUUCGGAGACUAUCAAAAAGAAGAUGCGUCUUCGUUUCGUUUCUCUUCCAAUUUUUCUCUAUACCCUCAGUUCAUGUUUCACCUACGUAGAUCUCAGUUUCUCCAAGUAUUCAACAACACUCCAGACGAAACAGCUUUCUUCAGAUUAAUGCUCAAUCAGGAAGGGGUUGUCGGAUCUCUUAUCAUGAUCCAACCAACUCUUUUUUCUUAUUCAUUCGACGGACCACCGGUUCCAGUUCUUCUCGAUGUGAGCUCUAUAACACCAGAUCGCAUCCUGCUGUUCGACUCCUACUUCUACAUUGUGGUACACUAUGGAUCAACAAUCGCCCAGUGGAGAAAACUUCGGUAUCAAGACGACCCCAGUCACGAAAAUUUCAAGAAGCUCUUAGAAGCACCGGUGGGAGAUGCAGAGGCAUUGCUGGAGGAGAGGAUUCCUCUACCAAAACUGAUCGUUUGCGAUCAACACGGUAGCCAGGCUCGGUUCUUGUUGGCUAAGUUGAAUCCUUCAGUCACUCACAACAGCAACCAAUAUGGAAGCGGAGAAGUCAUAUUCACAGACGACGUGAGCUUGCAGGUUUUUGUCGACCAUCUGCAGAGAUUAGCUGUGCAGGGUUCUUAGAUAGACUCGAGAUGGUUUGUGGCUCAUCGUAUAUACCCUGUCAACCCCUAGGGUAUCAUACAGCUGAUAACGCCUUCCCUCGGGUCCUCUUUACUAGCCAUGCGUCCAGACUAAGUGUGUUGGCCCUUUGUAAAACUCAACAGGUUUUGGUGCAUACGAACCAGUUUGAGUAUCCAACCCUGUGGCUUUAAUGUAGUUGUUUAGGUGUUUCUGCGACUCACAGUUUGAUGUGAUUCCUGGGCUGUACAUACAUAAUUAUAGGGUCUGAAGUCGUCAGACAUACAGCUUCUUCUGUGCGGAGCAAACUGAAUUCUGUUCGACUUGGCACUCACUCACAACCUUGUAUCAAGAGUUUUUUCAAGAGCGAGACGCUUUACUCACGACCUGGUGUAGAGAAGCAGUUCCUGAUGAUAGGAGGCUCGAAAGAAGAGGCGACACUCCGUAUGGGCUUUUUGUACCUCUACCUUUUUACCGUGUUGUCUUUAGGCGUUUCAGAUCGAUCGUCAAAGUUUGUCCAAGAUGCAUCAUCUCCUAGCCUGGAAGCACGACUCGUUCUGUACAGGUUGGUCAUUGAGAUCAGGAACAGAUACAAUUUGAGCGAUACCGAUGGUCAUCGUUACUUCAAACUUAAAUUUCAGGUCAUGAGGCUUGAAUUUUCCGAUUCUCAUGUGGUAAUAUUACAUGAUCCUUACAGGACGCGACCAUAUUUGCAGAUUAUUCUUACAGGGGUUAAUCAAUAACAAGUCACUGGAAGAUCGCCGAGGAUCUCCAACAUGUCAGUAGAAAGCUGCAACUAUAUCAUGGGAAGCACAUCACUUUAAAAC